AUGGUAUCAGAGCGAGACGAUCUUGAGAACAUCGACUCCGAUACAGAGAUCUUGCCUAAUCCGGGCAACUUGGCGAUGGCGUUAGUUGAGAAAGAGAUGAAAGGAGCAUACCAGCUCUCGGCGACUGAGAAUCCUGCGGUGCGGACUGCGCUGCGAGUAAAGAAGAAGUUUGGUUUCGUUGACGGAAGUGUGACGGAGCCGGCGAAAGAUGCAGCAGACCAUGAAGAUUGGCUUUCUGCUAAAUCAAUGGUGACUUUGUGGAUCUUAAACACAGUGGAUUCUAAAGUAAGAAGAACUUUGGCAAACAAAGAAGAUCCAGCGGAGCUGUGGAAAGAGAUUAAGGAACGAUUCUCUGAAGGAAACGGACCAAGAAUUCAGGAGAUCAAGGCUGAACUGGCGUGUGGAUUAUGCAAGUGCAACUUGAAUUCCGAACUUGAGAAGAAACGAGAAGAAGAUCGGAUUCACCAGUUUCUUCUAGGGCUUGAUGAUGCUAUCUAUGGAGGAGUUCGCACUUCAAUCAUCAGCACUGAUCCUCUUCCAAACCUUAACCAAGUUUACUCCAAAGUAAAAUCUGUUGAGAGAAUCAACACGGUGAUGCGUGGAAGAGAACAACAAACACCUCAAACGGCGUUUGUGACACAGAGAAACAGUGUAAUGUCCAAAGAGGAGAAGCUCAAACUGACAUGCACAAACUGUAAGAAGAAAGGACACACCGCAGAGACAUGCUAUCAAACCAUCGGAUAUCCAGAAUGGUGGGGAGAAAGAGCAGGACAACAAGGAGGAGGUCGCGGUGGUGGUCGUGGAAUGGGAAGAGGACGCGGAAUGGUUCGAGCCAAUGCCGUGAUAGGUCCAAACAGUGGUGAUGGUGAAAUCAGCACUGAAGCAGAACGAAGUGGGUACAUUGGACUCACUAACGAACAAUGGAGCACACUAAUCAAGCUAUUGGAAGAGAAACAAGGAGCAACACCUGCUUGA